AUGGCUGCUUUGUGUACGACUAGUUGUACGAUUAUAGUAGUUAUUUUCAUCAACUUAUCCUCGUCAUCCCCGUUGAUACCUUUCCCGCCAGCAUUAUUAGACGUUGAACAACCGUUGCCGCAUAAAAAUAUAUCAAACCAAACAUCAGACGAAAUGACAAAAUUCAUGCGUUCAAUUUAUGAUGAUGUAAUCGUGACUCAAAAACGCAAGAAACGUCAUGUCAACUUUGCAUUCUCUAGCUUAAUUCUCUCCGAUGAACUUGGUUCUAUCAUCAGUAUACCUAAUCAAGAUAUUCGUUCAAACUUCUACUAUUUCAAUUAUAAUUCAUCCUUGCAACAUCUCGCUCGAGUAGAACUUGUUUUUUUGAUAAAGCAGAUAACAAACUCGCCAAGAAUUCAUAUCAAAUUCAACGAAACUACUGUUUUAUUAAAACAAUCCUUUCAAAUAGAAAACAAUUGGUUAAAAAUCGACUUAACGCAAUACAUUCAUUUUUUUCCCGUACGAUUUCAACUUCAUUUUCACGAAGUGCCUCUACAAUCAACCAGAUCAUUUUUAGCCUUAUAUUAUCGACGACAAUCACUCUCCAAGUCCAGAUCGCGCCGUAAUUUGCCAUCACCAUCUCAAGAUGAAUUAGUUACGAAUCCCAAAAAUCCAUCUGCAUGUCAAGUCCGCCCGUUUCGCAUGUCGUUUGUUGAUUUGAAUCUGACAUCAUGGAUUGUCGGACCGAGCUCAUACGAAAUGAACAUUUGCUCGGGUACAUGUCAGGCAAGUGGAAAUAUGCCAUCGUAUUUCCAAAUGCAAUAUUUACUGCGUGAAAUUCAUCCGAAGAUGUCACCAACGUUAUGCUGUAAACCGAAACGGUUUACAUCAACGAUUCUUCUGUAUUAUGAUGGACCAAAUUUGAUUCUUAAACGUCAUGAAAACAUGCGUGUCGUAGAAUGUGGUUGUUCAUAG